UUCCCUUUUAGCGUACAGGCCAAGAAGGAUAUUCAUGCCUUCAUUCAAUUCCGGUCCCAUAUGAAUUUAAUGACGUCUUUUUGGCUAAAUGUGACAAUAGAAAGAGAAAUCCGGCAAGAAAACGUGCAAAGGGCAAAAAGAAGCGGUCCCCAUGUCCGGCAAGUGUGUUUGUGUGCGCACGCCUUUGUUGCUUGCUUGCUCGCCACAGCAUUUUUGCAUUCACAAUUUUUAGGAGUGAUUGAAUUCGCUGGAAUCUCAAGGAAGAAAGAAGAUGUGGCAUACGAUCAGUGUACGCGUAUUUUUGUCAGCCUUACGUGCUUAAACUCUAACCCUGGACUUUAUCCCUACGCGCAAAAAAACUAUAGUCAAUUCGGUCCGUGCGCAAGAAGAAAGAAGAGAGAAUGAGCUCGGUUAUUGGCCCAUGCAAUAUAAACCCCCUUUCUCAACCUUCUUCUUCUCACCACCAUUCAAAUCACUUAAUGGCUUUUGCUCCCACUUUUGCCAAAAGAUUUACUUCAACUGCACGCAUCAUGUCUAACGUUUUCUUCGACGUAACCAAAGACGGUAACCCAUUGGGCCGUAUCACUUUCAAGUUGUACGAUGAUGUCGUUCCAAAGACAACCCGCAACUUCCGUGAAUUGUGCACCGGUCAAAACGGUUUCGGUUAUGAGGGAUCUGGUUUCCACCGUGUUAUCCCACAAUUCAUGUUACAAGGUGGUGACUUCACUGCUGGUAACGGAACCGGUGGUCGUUCCAUUUACGGCAACAAGUUCGAAGAUGAAAACUUCCACUUGAAGCACACCAAGCCAGGAUUGUUGUCAAUGGCCAACGCCGGACCAAACACAAACGGUUCUCAAUUCUUCAUCACAACCGUUGUUACCUCUUGGUUGGACGGUAAGCACGUCGUUUUCGGUGAAGUCGUUGACGGUUUGGACAUCGUCAAGGCUAUCGAAGCAGAGGGUUCCGGCAGCGGUAAGACCAAAUCUCGUUUGGUCAUUGCCAAAUCUGGUACUGUUUAAACUGGCUUUUUAGAUAGUACUUCUCUUGUAGGGUAAAGUUGUCCAGAAUGCUUCUUGCAUCUGAGAGCCCCCUUUAAUUGUUUGUAUGUUUUGAGCCGCAAAAUUAAUCGAAGUUAGUUGGGAUUACGCUU